AUGCCAUCUCUCGUCAGGGCGCUUGUCCUUGCUGGGGCCUUUGGAUGCUCCCUUGCGCUAUCACCAAUUGAUCCGCCCAAAUUCCCCGAGAACUGCCAGGUUCCAACCGAAGCACCAGCUAUCCGGGUCAUCAACCUCCCACCCGGCCGUGGCAUCCCAAACAGUGCGCAAUGCUUUGCAGUUGGCGAUCCAUGCAAAGUCAAAUCCGACUGCAGGCGGCCUACAAAGGCCGAGUGCAGUGCUCAUGCGGAUAAUGGCAAGAUCACGAUACCUAUUCAAUCGCAAUGUCUAGAGGGCUUCUGUAGAGGGGUUACUCUGGUCGACAACGCCCCAUGCGACUGUAUCUUAGGGUGCGACGUUGCGAACCAUCUAAACUGCAUUGCGGGUAAGUGUCUCCGCGAGCCGUGUGCUCCCUGCGGAGAGGAGCUAAAGGGAAGGAGUUGCUGCGGAUCCGGCGUGAAGGGGCAUGACGGCAAAUGCCACUGUUGGACCGGAGUUGGUGAAGGCUGUGGUGUCGAUCCAAAGCAGUGUGGCGCCGGGGAGUUCAACGAUGAGUGCUGUGCCAGGGGGACGGACAACGAAGGGAAAUGUUGUGCUUCAGGGACAUGUAAUGGGAAAUGCCUGCACCAACCAAAGUAG